AUGGUAGACCCAACACCUCCCUCCAACGCGAUACCUUCGCAGCGAUCUGAACUCAUUCACAGUGCUUCGCUCUCGGAGCCAAACUUCAUACCCUCAACGCUAGCCCCGCCUGGAGCCAUACCGACUGCACCAUUGCCGAUUUCGAACCCAUUGCUCAUUCCCACCGACGGACCGCCGACGGAUGUGACGACUGUGUUGACCACGUCUCAAGGAAAUGCCACAGGGACGCCGCCAAUGCUGUCAACAGUUGAAGGGUUGAAACCAAUUCCGCCUGCCGCGACACAAAUCGGAGAUCCGGAUGGGCAUCACGAAAUCAGCGAGCCAAACUUCAGUUCUACGCGGCCGUGUCGAGGAUGCUCGCCAGUGUUUGAGAUACCUGCUACAGGGUGGCUGGAUAACCCAGUCGGAGAGCAACAUGGCUCCACUAUACAAGAAGAACAGACACAAGCGGCAACAGCAGACCCUCCGCAGGUAACGAUAUCAGCUGGGAUAUCUGACAUUGUUAUUGGCCAAGCUCCAAGCCAUGGUGACUUCGUGAUAGGAAGUUCUUUUACUCUUACACCUGGUCAGAUCGUUACCGUUGGGGACACACCUAUUGUGGUAGAGACCUCAGAAGGCAAGACCAAGAUUGUCGUGGGGACUACUGUCAUCUCACUGCAACCUUUUCAACCUGCUAUCACAGACGCGCCCAUGUCGCAACCACCGGUCCUACUUCCACCAAUACUCACCAUCGGUACCGAAGUCAUUGCGCCCAACGCGCAGACAGAAUACGUCAUUGCAGACCAAACUCUUUCUCCUGGCGGUGAGCCCCUGACUAUAUCCGGGACAACACUCAUUCUUGCACCUUCCGGGACGGCACUCAUCAUCAACGGCGAAACAUCCAGUAUCACUCCAAUGUUUGGUGACGUGUAUACGUCCACAGUCGCGGCUGCCUUGACCUUCAAAGAUCAUGUGUAUACGCCGAAUCGCGCUGGCUACAUUGUGAUAAGUCCUGGCACGACUUUGGUGCCUGGAGGCGUCCCCGUUACAGUUGACGGCACAACGUUGAGCCUCGAGCAUAGCGGAACUGCUGUAGUCGUCCAGGGCACUACAAUGAGUCUUCAACCGGUCACGACAGUCGUCACAUUGACCAAGGGGCCAGAUGCGCUCGGGACAGGGUCGGAUGGAGAUGGCGGGAAUGUCCACGGGCAGUCGACUGGCAACGGCUAUGCCUACCCCACAGGAGAACCGAUCAUCGCGGGAGCGACACGAACUAGUAGUGCGAUACCAGAAAAUUGGCUGGGAAGCUUCCUGUUGCUGAUAUGGUGGGGUACGGGGUAUCUUGCAGUCCGACUAUGA